AUGACAACGAAUAAAACACAAUGUUUUCUUUGUAAAAAACACAAAUUCACCUAUUCUUGUCGAGGUUGUUCAAAUGAAUUCUGUUUGGACGAUUUAAACAAACAUCGACAAGAUUUGACUGAAGAAUUCAACACGAUUAUCAACAAUUUUGAUCAAUUUAGACAAAAUCUUCAACAAACAAAAGAAAAUCCACAAAAUUCUUCUCUCUUCAUUCAAAUUGAUCAAUGGGAAAAGAAUUCGAUCGACAUUAUUCGACAAACAGCUCAACAAUGUCGACAAACAUUUCUCAAAGAAAAUGAAGAAUUUCUCAUCGAUAUUGAAGAGAAAUUCAAUAAACUGAUUAGAGAAAUCAAAGAAAUUCAAGAAGAAAAUGAAAUGAACGAAAUGAAUUUGAAAGAUCUAAAAGAAAAAUUAAGAAAAAUCGGCAAGGAAUUCAACGAUUCAUCAGAAAUCUUUCUUAAACAAGGUUCGCAAACAUUUAUCAAAAGAAUCUCAGUGAAAUCAACAAGAAAAUCAAAGUUGAAGAAAUGGAAUCAAAAUGGAUCGACAAUUUGUGGAGGAAAUGGAAGCGGGGAAGAAUUAAAUCAACUUUCAGAUCCUGGUGGAAUAUUUAUCGACAAACAUCGAAAUAUUUUCAUAGCGGAUUGGAGGAAUCAUCGAAUUGUUCGAUGGAAAAGAAACGAAAAUCAAGGAACAAUUGUGGCUGGUGGAAAUGGAAAAGGAAAUAGAUUGAAUCAAUUGAAUGAUCCAACGGAUGUGAUUUUUGAUGAACAAAAUAAUUCAAUCAUCGUUGCUGAUCAAGGAAAUCGAAGAGUAAUGCGACGGUUUUUGAACACAAAUCAGUCGGAGAUUCUCAUUCACAAUAUCGACUGUUGUGGGUUAACAAUGGAUAAAUUUGGAUUUGUUUAUGUUUCUGAUCGUGAGAAACAUGAAGUGAGAAGAUGGAAAAUGGGAGAAAAGGGUAAAGGAACAUUAGUGGCUGGUGGAAAUGGAGAAGGAGAUCAACUCAAUCAGUUCAACGUUCCAACUUUUGUGUUUGUCGAUGACGAACAAUCGAUUUAUGUUUCAGAUCUUUGGAAUCAUCGUGUGAUGAAAUGGAGAAAAGAUGCGCAGGAAGGAAUUGUUGUUGCUGGUGGAAAUGGAAGAGGAGAGAAUCUGAAUCAAUUGGAUGGUCCUCGAGGAAUCAUUGUUGAUCAUGAGGGUCGAAUUUAUGUUGCAGAUAGUGACAAUCAUCGAAUAAUGCGAUGGAGUGAAGGAGAUGAAGAAGGUGAAAUAAUUGUUGGUGGAAAUGGUCAAGGGAAUGAAUCCAAUCAAUUGUCUUAUCCUCUCGGUUUAUCAUUUGAUGGUGAAGGAAAUCUUUAUGUUGUUGAUAACGAUAAUCAUCGAAUUCAACGAUUUGACUUAUUUCACCUUUGA